GGCUCUCAAUAUUCUUGGAACUGUAAUGCCGACUUUUUGGUCGAAUUGGCACGAGAACGUAAUUCUGUGGCUUAGAUUAGGGGAAAGUUUAAUCGUCCCUCUGCUCUUUUAUCUGACGGAUUCCCCUCAUCGUGCAGCUUUGAGGCGUGCGUUCCAACGAAGAAGUGGCAAGUUCUCAGACUUUGGAGGUAUCUUUCUAAAUGGUGACAACGGCCGCUAUCGAAUGUAUAUAGAAGACGCCUUAGAAGGACAGAUGAAGCCUAGUCCGUUUGGAUCCGUCACCCCUAUUGGAAUCAUCACAAACUAUCGGAGAAAAGAAAAACGUGAGCAGAAACAUUCACAGAAAAGAAACUGUUCGAACACAGGAUCAAAGCGAUAUAUAUUAACCAGUAUCUACGGGAUCGACACCAUAUUGAACCCCAGCCAUUUUAAAAACAAUUUGAAGACAGUGGUACAAACCAAACCUCAGCCAGAGAAGCAUGAUGCCUGUUCUAUAACGAAACAUGGAAACAUGCAGAUGGACAUAGGUACAUGGAGAGAUGAUGAAACCCAUAUUUAUGCUAGUCUAUCUGACAGCUUUAGCAAUCUAAGUUACCAAUCAAGUUUACCUGACGGAAGUGUCUUUGGCCUCAGUUUUACAGAAGCUGAGGAACAAACUUAUGAUGGUUCUUUCACGACAAUUGCCAACGACGAUUUUGAGUUUCAUGAUACACGCCUUGGAGUCAUCGAUCUAUUGAUGCAUGCAAAUGACACCAAUUUUAAACCUGAAUCUGUGCCAAAACUUUCAGAAUCAGCGUUAGAAGAAGAAACCUACAAAUCUCUUGAAAACGAAAUUCAACUGAGUGAAAAUAACAAUUCGUUGGAAACGGUUCAAGACUUGGUGAUUCGCAUUGAUUCUCUUAAUGAUUCUUUUUGUGGGAAAAGUAAUUUUGAGUUUGAAAAUACUUCGGAGAAGACAAGACAUCAACCUAAUGAUACUAUCCCAUUUCACAUGUACCGAGUUAGCACCGAAGAACUGUGUAAGAGUGCUUUACCCCGUUCUGGAAACAGUUGGUUUUCGAUGAAUGAUCUUGACCGUAUUGGUGACAAGAAUGACUGGACAAACUGCGAGUCGGAGGAGGCCAUGUUUGUUGUUCCUGAAAAGAGUGAGUCCAUGGUGUCGCUAUAUGAGGUCCCUAGGACUUGUGAUCAGGCUAAAGCAAAAUCAGUAAGUGAAUCAAAUCUUUUCUGUGAAAAAGAUUCAGCUGAGAUCCACCCCAAAAGUUCUUCACAAGAGGAAAACUUCAGUAGUGAAGGAAGACUUUUGGAGGCUUUAUGGAAAAACAACAGGUCUUCGCUGGUCCUUGGACGAGGUAGCCACGUAAGAAAGGCCAAGAAACGAAAAACAAAAAAUAAACAAAAAUAUGGUGACAGGAGUUCUUCACGGAAGCCUUUAGAAGAAUUAGGGCCUGAUCUAAAUGGUGUAUGCUGCUGGAACAAAGAUCGUCACACAGGUCCUAUGCUAAUUGAAGAAUACAUGCGACCAAUUGAUGCUCUUCACGACUCACCAUCACACGAAGAAAAAAACAUUCAAAACUCCGAAAUGAGUAUAAAUAAUAAGGACAGUUUACAGUUAGCGCCACAAAACACAAUUUCUUUGAAUGAAGUGAUUACGGACAGUAUAAAAUGAAGAAUAUCAAGUAGACUUGUAUUGAAAUGAAUCGAGUCAUGACGUACAGCCAAAACAGCUGAUCAAAUAAGCUUACUAAGCUUAUACAAAUAAGGCUGUUAACUUUCAGUUUCUUUCAGUGAAAGCGAAAAAGUUAAUGUCAAAUGCACACGACUGUAGACGAUUAUUUUUCUCCUUGCUUCCUAUAUUUUCAUACAUAAAGUGUUUAAUACCAGCUGGCGAUUCGGCUACCUCUCCUCACCAAAUAUGUAUUAUUUUGCUAUACAAGACGUCUAUUAAGACAAAUAAUUUGGCAAUUUCGAAAAGUAUAUGAAUCAAUUGUAAGUUAAAACCCAUAUAGUAGUUCUCUCUCAUGUAUCUUAUGAAACUCUUUUGUCCAAACGAGUAACAAUGUUAUUCUAAAACGGUUGUUAUUACGUUUUUGGUAUAUAAAAUAUUUGCAUAAUGGCGUAUGUUUUAUUAAUGCGUUCAUUUUUGAUCUAUGUAAUGUUGUGAAUGUGCUUAAUAUAAGAGUCCACUAACCGUUAAAUUGGUAAUAUCAAUUCUGGAAAUAUGUUUAUCAAGACUUUUUACGUCAAACGUUACUUCACAGCGAGUCAGGUCUGCCUAGGCCUAACUAUGACAGUGCCAGAGACGACUCGGACGUAUCAGAACUGUGAAUUUACAUAAGUUUUUAAAUGUUUUAAGAAUUGGAUACCUGUAACUUGGUAUUCACUGCAAAUGUUGUUGUUUUGAUGUAUAUAAUGAUUCAGCAUUUUAUCAGAUUUCGGAAUAGUUUUAAAGGUAAUGUUGUAAGCAUUAAGCAACUUUCUCGACCUAAGCUCAAACACUGUGGUCUACGAUAUGGAAUAUCUAUAGAAUAUUGUUAACGAUUUGCUUGUGUGAUAAUUUCUUAAGCCUUGUAUAUAUGUUAAGAGAUAUAAUGCUUUGGUAAAAAAAAGAUUUGUGAACAUUUUAGAGUUGUAUAAAAUUGAGGAUUCAUGAGAAUCUUGUAGAACGAUUACUGUUUAAUUCUUACUAACAAAUAUUGACACUUGUCAAUGAAGUUUCUUGAAGAACUGGACAACUCCAUACUGGCAUAUGUAUAUAUUCAAAGAGCGUUAUAGCUGAACACCGUACGAUAUAGUAAACGUAGUCAGUAAUGUUUCUUGUACAUAGUUUUGUAAGCUAUUGUGAAUGUAAGGAUUUGUCAUCGCGUCUCAUUUCCUCUAAAACGCGCUCCGCAUUGGGGCCUUGAGUGCGCUAUAAGACUGACGGCCAAACCCCACAAUUCGGUCAGACAAGAGUAGUUCAAGAGUUGGCAAUGGAUGCUGUUAGCUAGCUACCUUCCCUCUAGUCUAUCAGUUCAAAAUUAAGUAACUUGUGUAACUUUGUGUGAAAUUUCUAAAACAAACGAACUGUUUUAAAGUAGCAUUUCCUGUUGACUUAGAGCCAUUUUAUGUAAAAUAAAGCAUUUAACUGGCUCUGCAGUUUCAAUAAUAUAUGUCAAUAACCGUUAUCAUAACAAGAAUAUUUCUAAGAGCGAUGCUGUUUGGCGGAUGAAAAGAAUAGAUUGGGACAGUUUUCAGAUACUAAGAAAAUUAAUCUAUUAACGUUAUCCUACAGAUGUAAUUUAAUUAUCUGACAAAAAUCCCUUUACCACCUCAAAAGUAUUUAUUCACCUCAUGUAAAUGUAUUUUACUCAACUAAUGAUUGGCAUGAAUUUGUAGUUUUUAAAUAUAUUCCACUUUCAAAUGGACGUAUUGUUGGUACGGGGGUUUCUUUAUGAAAUUUUCUGUUACUGAUUUUGGCAUGGGGUCCUCCAUUAAUAUUGUUUUAUUUUUUAAAACAACAUAUAUAUUUAUGUAGUUAUUUAAAAAUAUAUGAAACAAUGAAUUUUCAACAAAAGCAUUUUGCGUGUAUUGUCUUUGUUGUGCAGUCUCAAGAAUUCAAAGAGAAUGAAACAAUUAAAUAACAACAGCAACAACAAAAAAAAUCAGUUGGAAACUUCAUACCGAAAUAUGUCACGUGACUGUAGAGACUGUCGUCAAGUGGAUAAUCUACUGUAAAUAACAUAAAGUUCAAUUUUUUUUUGUAUUGAUAUAAUCUUUGUGUAUAAAAAGCAAGAUUUUAUCGGCUAUGAAAUAUUAUGUACGCGUUUUAGCUACAAAUACAUAACAGAGCCUUUUCUCGCUAACGAGUUACAUAAUAAUAAGAUUCAUGGCUACCUGAAUUCAUUCUUUGUGAGAACUUAGUAAAGCUUAGUGUGGCUUUAGAUCGUGUAAAAAAAAUAGGCACAAUAGUGUAAUUUUGUAAAUGGUUAAUUAUGACUAUGUAAAAACAACAACAAAAGUUUGUCAUGGUUGAUAAAAAAAUAAA